AGUCAGUGGGUUACCAUAACCCUUUGUUGUGUUUGUGCUAUCAUUAGAGAGUGAAGUGUUCUUCCCUCAGUUGCUUAAGAUGUUGGAAGGAAAAGCUGUGGUGAGAGAGACAGACAUGCCAGAGGGAAUGCAGAGCUAUGUUAUGGAAUUAGCACACCAAGCUCUCGAUGCACAUGAAGUUUCUGAUUGUCAGUCCAUUGCUCAUUUCAUCAAACAGAAACUUGAUGAAGCAUAUGGACCUGCUUGGAAUUCCGUGGUUGGAAAAGACUUUGGAUCUUGCAUCACACAUUUAUGUGGAAGUUUCAUAUUCUUUCGUGUGGAGAUGAUGGAAUUUCUGAUCUUCAAAGAUGGGAAGAAUUUCACAGAAAGCAGGGAAGAAGCUAUUGGAGUGCUGCAGAAGGCUAGAAAUUGUGAUUAGUAAAUUCCAAAAUUUUUAGUUGUUAUAGAACAACCUAAACUCUUUAAUAUUCCUAAUUAAUCUAAGCUAAACAUGUUCAAAUUACCUUUUUAAAAAAGUUAUAAAAAUAGCUUACGACAUAAAAAGCAAAAAUGGUGCUUCCCAAUUAUCUCUGGUUAUCACAUAUGAAGAAUAAAAUAUUGUCGACGUACUUCUGUUUCUA